AUGGCCUCAGUCGGAAUUCGAUCAUUGAGUUUGUGUAAAUCGUUAGAUUUGGAAUAUUCCGAGGCGUUAUGUGCGAAGUUGAUGCCUGUGAAGGUGUCCGUGCUUAAUUUUACGUGUAAAAAAUUGGGGAUUUCCGGAGGAGAUACGAGAUCGAAUUUUUUGGAGCCUGUAAAGGCAAUGGAUGCUUCCAAAACGACGUCAGACAUCAAUGGCGGUUGCAAUGCUAUUGAUGAUUUCUUGACAACGGAUUGCGAUGGUUUCCCCGGUAAAAGUACGCCCAAGAUGUCAACAGUUGGAAAUUCGACCAAUAUUCAAUGGCAUAAAUGUUCUGUAGAAAAGAGUGACAGGCAGGAGUUGCUUAAACAAAAAGGCUGUGUAAUUUGGAUUACUGGACUCAGUGGUUCAGGAAAGAGCACUUUGGCAUGUGCUUUAAGUCGUGGCCUACAUGCUAGAGGAAAGCUAACCUAUAUCCUUGAUGGAGAUAACGUUCGUCAUGGGCUAAACAGUGAUCUUAGUUUUAAAGCUGAAGAUCGAGCAGAGAACAUCAGAAGGAUUGGAGAAGUAGCUAAGCUUUUUGCUGAUGCCGGAGUUAUUUGCAUUGCAAGUUUGAUAUCACCCUACAGGAAGGAUCGAGAAGCCUGUCGAGCUCUACUGCCAGAAGGAGACUUUGUCGAGGUAUUCAUGGAUGUACCUCUACAAGUGUGUGAGGCAAGGGAUCCUAAGGGGUUAUACAAGCUUGCACGAGCUGGAAAAAUCAAAGGUUUCACAGGCAUUGAUGAUCCAUACGAGCCACCACUAAAUUCUGAGAUAGUAUUACAUCAAAGAGAAGAAAAGUGUGAUUCUCCAACUCAUUUGGCCGAAGUAGUGAUUUCGCACUUGGAGAAAAAAGGUUACUUGGAAGCAUAA